UGCGCCCCGGGACCGCGUCUCCCGCGCCGGAACCGGCUGGCCGAGGGCUCCGGGGACGGCGGCCCGAGACGCAGGACGGCCCCGGCCGCCUCGUAGCGCUGGGACUGCGGGAGCCCCGAGCCCGGUCGGCCGCAUCCCCCACCGGAGGGAGCCUCCAGUACGCCUGGCUCACAGUUCACGCCCCGUGCCUGCCCUGAGGUGAAAUUGGGGGCGGCGGCCGUCUAGAGAAGCCCUCCUCCUGCAGCCAUGAGGACGGGGACCGGGCCCCCGGAGACUGGGCCCGCGACCCAGGAGGCGCUGGCCGAGGCCUCCCGCCACCUCAGUCGGCUGUGGAGCAGUCGCAAGCUGGUGGCUGUGGGGGUCUUGCUCGGCUGGCUCCUGGUCAUCCACCUCCUGGUCAACGUGUGGCUUCUGUGCCUUCUCUCCGCCUUGUUCCUGGUGCUGGGAGGAUGGCUGGGCUCCGGUGCCGUUGUGGGGGCUUCGGGUCGCCUGCACCUGGAGCGCUUCAUCCCGGUGGCGGCCAGCCCUCCGUGCCCUGAGGCAGAAAGACAGCUGGACCUGGAGAUCAGCCGCACCAUCCAGAUGAUUAUUCGCGAUUUCGUGUUGUCCUGGUAUGGUUCCGUGAGCCAGGAGUCAGCCUUCCAGCGAGAGAUGGAAGCGGCCAUGAAAGGGUUGGUACAGGAGCUCCGGAGGAGGAUGGGCCUGGUGGACAGCCGUGCUCUUGCCCAGAGGGUCCUGACUCUCUGUGGUUGUCACCUGCAGAGCUACAUUCAGGCCAAGGAGACCACUGAAGGGAAGGAGAGCAGUGUGGAUCAGCCCUCCCAGCUCUGGGAGGCGUACUGCCGGGCUACUGCCCCCCACCCUGCGGUGCACAACCCUACCGCGGAGGUCACACAUGCACGUGGCGUGGUGAAUUUGUUGCUUCAAGGUCUGGUGCCUAAGCCCCACUUGGAGACUAAGACUGGGCGUCAUGCAGUGGUCGAACUCCUUACUUGCAAUGUAAUCUUACCGCUAAUCAACAAGCUGUCAGAUCCUGACUGGAUCCACCUUAUACUUGUGGGCAUCUUUUCCAGGCCCAGAAGUGUUCCUGCACAAGCAGCUGAGUCACUCUACACCCCUGGUGAGGUGGAGCAGCCUGCAGUGCCCACGUCUCUGCCACUGAUCCUUGAGGUGGAGAGUGCGGCGGAAGGGAGGGCCCUGUCUCCAGGAGCGGCCCCAGUGCUUCUGAACUCCAGUGAAGCAGGUCCCUCCCCUGAGAUUGAAGAAGGCCAUGAAGCCAUGGAGGCAGAUUUGGGUGGUAUGCUUGAAGAAAGAAAAAUAGGAAACAACUCAUCUCAUUUUCUACAGCCUAAUAUUCGAGGCCCCCUAUUCUUAUGUGAAGACUCAGAGCUGGAGUCUCCCCUUUCUGAACUGAGUAAAGAAACCAUCAUGCUAAUGACCCCAGGAAAUUUCCUCUCUGACAGAAUCCAGGAUGCCUUGUGUGCCCUAGAAGAUUCUCAGGUUCUGGAGCCUAAGGAUGAUGAGGGAUCUGAGGGGAUCGAAGGAGCAGAAGCUGAGGAGGGUCCAGGGACAGAAAUAGAGUCAGGUCUGGUGUCUGUGCUAAACUCCUGCCCAGAGAUCCAGAUUGACAGUGUAGACAAGGAGGGAGAACAGGAUGCUGCCUCGCUUCCAGCUUUGCUGGAGGAGCCAGAAAAGACCUGCCCCCCACGCCCCUCAUGCUUAGAGAAGGAUCUCACUGAGGGCAUGAGUUCCCUAGAUCAUACUUUGCCACAGGUUUCACUUUCCUCCUCUCCACCUGGUCCUCUCGGGUCUGGCACCUUCAGCUUUGAGCCCUUGAGCAGUCCAGAUGGGCCAGUUGUCAUCCAGAAUCUUCGAAUUACUGGCACCAUUACGGCCCGAGAGCACAGUGGCACUGGAUUCCACCCGUACACGCUCUAUACUGUGAAGUACGAGACAGCCCUUAACAGUGAGAACAGCAGCGGCCUACAGCAACUGGCCUACCACACGGUCAACCGCCGCUACCGGGAGUUCCUGAACCUGCAGACCCGCCUGGAGGAGAAGCCAGAUCUACGGAAGUUCAUCAAAAAUGUAAAGGGUCCAAAAAAGCUCUUUCCAGAUCUUCCAUUUGGAAACAUGGACAGUGACAGAGUGGAAGCCCGGAAGAGCCUCCUGGAGUCGUUCCUCAAGCAACUCUGUGCCAUUCCUGAGAUCGCUGACAGCGAGGAGGUGCAGGAGUUCCUUGCUCUGAACACAGAUGCUCGCAUCGCCUUUGUCAAGAAGCCAUUCAUGGUGUCUAGAAUAGACAAGAUGGUGGUCAGUGCCAUCGUGGACACACUGAAGACGGCCUUCCCGCGCUCCGAGCCCCAGAGCCCCACGGAGGAGCUGAGUGAGGCUGAGAAUGAAAGCAAGCCACAGACAGAAGGCAAGAAGGCCGGCAAGUCCAGAUUGAGAUUCUCGUCCAGCAAAAUUGCUCCAGCACUGACUGUGACAGAAGCACAUGACAGGAUUCUCUAUGGUCUCCAGGACAGCACCAUGGAGUCAGAAGUCCUGUCCAUGUCUGGAAUGGAAUCCUUUAUUAAAAAGCAGACAAAAUUACUGGAAAUGCAGCCCACAGAAGCCCCAGAGCCCAUGCCCAAGGGGUGUGUGGACAGGAGCUUGUCAGGUGCAGCGGUGUCCACCCAAGACCCGGGCAGCGGUGACCCAGGAACGGAGACAGAGUUAGCUGACACGGCCCUGGAUCUGAUCCUCUUGCUCUUAAUGCAGCAGUGGAAAUGGCUAUGCACUGAGAACAUGCAGAAGUGUCUUCGCCUCGUCUUCGGAACCCUUGUGCAGAGGUGGCUAGAGGUGCAGGUGGCUAACCUGACGUGUCCACAGCAGUGGGUGCAGUACCUGCAGCUUCUUCAGGAGUCCAUCUGGCCCGGUGGAGUCUUGCCUAAGCUUCCACGACCUGUAAGGACUCAGGAGCAGAAGCUGGCUACCGAGAAACAGGCUUUGCAGAGCCUUGUGGGAGUCCUGCCAGAUUUCUUAGUAGAGAUCCUAGGAGUGGACAAAUGCCGGCUGAGCUGGGCGCUCGUCCUGGAGUCCCUACAGCAGCCCCUCAUCAACAGACACUUAGUUUUCUGCCUUGGUGACAUCAUCCUGGAGUUCCUGGGUCUCCAUGCCUCAUCUGAAGAUGCUGUGUCCACCACGACAGCCUCCAAGUCCCCAGGUAGCCCCAAGAGGACUGGUGUGGCCUCUUAGUGGAGUGAUGCUCUGCUUUGCCCAGCAGGAAUCCUGUGCCCUGGGGCCUGGGCUGUGGCUCCUUCGGAGGCUCAGUCCUCCUUCCGUUCUGCUCCAGUUGUCGCAGGGGACAAGCAGAACUAUAUAUACAUAUAUACAGCAGUUGCAUGUGUGAUGCCCAUUUCCAUAGCUUUUUGCAGGUUAUUGCUACUAGAUAAAUCCUGUUUGCUUUGGAGGAGGAAGCUGUGAAAUAAAGGAAUGAGCCCCUUUCCUUCCCUUGUCUUCCUC